GUGGUUUGAGUGGGGAGAACAGAGAGUUGCACAGUGACCACAGACAGAGCAGGACCUCCACAAAGUCACUGGACCAGCGGGAUCGUGAAGGAAUCGUUCAUACAGCUGGACAUCAGUAUUCAUUCACAGCUUGAAGGAACACCUACCAAAGGAGCUGAGAGGAACUGACGAAAGGAGCUUUCAUAAAUUUGGUUUUAAUUUCUAGAGGUUAGCAAAGGAAGCCAGAUGACAGACUUUAGGGCAGCUCUAAAGCCCCGCUCAGGGCCUAAGGCAGGGUCUGAGAUCAAGACAAGCACCCCAACAAAGGUUGACUUUAGGUCACUGCUCAACAAGAAAGAUGGUUCACCCAAAACACCUGCUGCCACGCCACCUCCGAGCAGCACAGCUUCAGACUUCAGGUCCGUCCUGAGCAAGAAGCAAGCACCGGAAGCAGAGAAGACCGAAAAGAACGAACAGAAUUCGUCCAAGCUAGCACCCAAGACUCCACAGAAGGAAAAGCAAAGUGAUGUCAAUGGCGUAAAUGGGGGUGCAGUUGAUAAAAAGGUUAACACAAAGGAAAGCAUAACGACAGAGAAAAAAACCAGCGGCACUGAUGCAGGGACAACUGAGAAAAAGGAGAAAGUCAGCUCAGAGAAGAAGACAUCUGAUGGACAGAUAACAGAGACAAAUGACAAAAAGGCAAAAGUUGUGAAUGGAGGAGAGAAGGAUGCGGGAAAGCUGCCCGUUUUCAAACAGCCCCUCAGUGACAUCGCUGUGGUGGAUGGUGAGAGACUGAGGUUAGAGUGUCAGGUGACCUCUGACCCCCAAGCCGUCAUCACCUGGAUUCUUGAUGGGAAAAUUGUGAAGGCAUCCAAGUUCAUUGUCUUAUCACAGGAAGGUGAAAAGUGUUCACUUACAAUCGACAAGGCUCUACCGGAGGAUGAAGGGCGCUACACAUGUAAGGCAGAGAACGCUUUGCACGGUAAAGCAGAGUGUUCCUGUAUGGUCACUGUAGAUGAUCCCUCAGACCCAUCAGCAGAUAAGAAAAAUAGGAAGAGCUCUUCUUCAACUCCCACUACAGAAAAUGAAGCCAGAAUAAAGAAGAAACCAGCUCCCCCCAAACAGGGUUCUCCGCCACAGUUUCUGCAGUUCCCUGGAGAUCAGAAGAUCAGGGCAGGAGAAAAGGUGGAGCUGUUGGGCAACUUUGGAGGGACAGCACCCAUAACUUGCACCUGGCUCAAAUUUAAAAAGCCGAUCCAGCCAGGAAGUGGGGGAAUUUCCAUAGAGACCGCAGAGAACAGCAGCCACCUGACAAUCGCAGCGAGUGACCAAGAUCACUGUGGUUGCUAUACUCUCGAACUGCAGAAUAAAUUUGGUACCAAGCAGGCUUCACUCAACCUCACCAUCGUAGAUAAGCCAGCCCCAGCCGGCAUCCCUGCUGCCUCUGACAUCCGAAAAUCCUCGCUUAUCUCCUGGUAUGGUCCCACUUAUGAUGGUGGCAGCAUUGUCCAGUCCUACAACCUGGAGAUCUGGAAUUCAAUCGACAACACGUGGAAUGACCUCACCUCCUGCAACAGCACUUCAUACCACGUCCAGAACCUUCUCGCAUCGUCAGUACAAGUUCGCGUUCGAGCUGUUAAUGUGUAUGGAGUCGGAGAGCCCAGUGCAGAAUCUGAGCCCAUUACAGUGGGAGUGGAGGAGGUAACAGAGAAAAAGGAAGAGGGGGAAGUUGGAGCCACUGUGUCUGAUGAUGAUGAAGAGAAAGAACCAGAAUACAAAGAUGUGGUCAUUAAGAAAGACUGCAGUGUGAAAGACUUCUAUGAUAUAGAGGACCGCUUAGGAACGGGAAAAUUUGGUCAAGUCUUUAAACUUAUGGAAAAGUCCACCAAGAAGGUAUGGGCAGAGUUCAUCAAGGCAUUCUCUCAGAAGGAAAAGGAAAAUGUGAGGCAGGAGAUUGACAUCAUGAACAGCCUCCACCACCCCAAACUGGUGCAAUGCGUGGACGCCUUUGAGGGAAAAUCCGACAUGGUCAUGGUUUUGGAGAUGUGAGAUUUCUGAGGCGAGUUGUUUGAGCGAAUCGUUGAUGAGGAUUUCGAGCUGACUGAGCGAGAGGUGAUUAAGUACAUGCUGCAGAUCAUUGAUGGAGUGCAGUUUAUCCACAAGCAGGGCAUUGUCCACUUGGACCUCAAACCUGAGAACAUCAUGUGCAUCAACAAGACAGGAAGCAAGAUCAAGCUCAUUGACUUUGGACUUGCUCGAAGGCUGGAGGAUUCAGGCUCUCUGAAGGUUCUGUUUGGAACUCCUGAGUUUGUAGCUCCUGAGGUGAUCAACUAUGAAGCUAUCAGCUACCCAACAGACAUGUGGAGUAUUGGCGUCAUCUGUUACAUUCUUGUCAGUGGUCUCUCUCCAUUCAUGGGAGACAAUGACAAUGAAACCCUUGCCAAUGUCACCUCAGCCACCUGGGAUUUUGAGGAUGAGGCAUUUGAUGAGAUUUCAGAUCAGGCCAAGGACUUCAUCAGCAGUCUCCUAAAAAAGGACAUGAGGGCCAGGCUGACCUGCGCUCAGUGUUUGGAGCACUCUUGGCUCAAACAGGACACCAAAAAUAUGGAGGCUAAACAACUGUCCAAAGAGAGGAUGAAGAAAUACAUCCUGAGACGCCGCUGGCAGAAAACAGGGAACGCAGUGCGAGCCAUCUCCAGGUUCAGCUCUAUGGGAAUGUUAGGAGGAAUCGGCCCAAAGAAAAGUUCCCCGACUGACGAAGAGCCUCCUGCACCCUUCCUUGAGAGCGUGGAGGAUGAAAACCGCACUCCUGUGGCCCCCAGCUUCUCCUCUGUCAUACAGGACGUGGAAGUGGUGGAAGGCAGUGCUGCCCGCUUUGACUGCAAGAUUGAGGGCUACCCAGACCCCGAGGUUGUGUGGUACAAGGACGACCUGCCUAUUAAGGAGACGCGUCACUUCCAGAUUGACUACGAAGAGGAUGGCCACUGUAGUCUGGUGAUCUCAGAGGUCUGUCCUGAUGAUGACGCCAAGUACACCUGCAAAGCCGUCAACGGUCUGGGAGAAGCCACCUGUACGGCUGAGCUGAUGGUGGAGUUCAUGCAGGAGGAGGAAGGAGAGGGUGAAGCUGAAGGGGAGGAAGAGGAUUGAGUAGUGAACAGUGAAACGGGAGCGGACAAUGACGGAGAAGCGAAAGGCUGAAUAACACGGGAACUAUGAAUAUCUUAAACAUUUUACACCAUUUCCAUCCUACGUUUUUUUUUACACCAUCUUCAUAUUUCUUCUUACAGCCUAGAAUCAUUUUGGAAAGAGCGACUGUUUUCGGGUAAAACCGUUUGCCGAGAUCAAAGACAUUCCAGCUUUGCCAUUGUGUCCAGACGA